GCAGCUUUGCCCAUUGGUAGUUUGAAAGUCCACAUGGCUUACACGGCCAAUGCCAUGGUCUACAAAUCAGCACAAGGUUUUGGCGAUCUCCCCCUCGACCGACUCUUCAGCGACGCACCUGAACCGGUCCUUGGCGUCGGCGCGGUGUCUCUGCUGGAGUUGCUGCGGGCCAAACGGCUGUCGACCAUCAAGGAUUUGGUGCAUCUUCCACCCUGGGAGCUGCGGGACUGGCUGCUGAUUACCGAGGAAGAGGCCAUUUUGCUGCUGAGAAAAGCCUGGUCUACCUGCGCUGUCAAGCCGGUGAGCGCCUGGGAGUUGGCGACACAAAGCCAUGCAAUUCCGAGGUCCAGAUUGGCACCAUUGCCUUCGCUGCAAGCGGCACUGGGUGGCACUCCGGCCUUGUUGGAGGUGGCUGGAGCGCCCGGAGUGGGCAAGACACAGUUCUGCCUGCACGCUGCCGCCUUGACAGCAGCCUCGGGGGGGGAGGUGUUUUGGCUUGACGCUGAGAGAAGCUUCAGUGCGCAAAGGCUCUUGGAGAUGCUUGAGCACCUGCAACCCGGGGAGGUGGCAAUGCAAGCAUUGCAACGCGUACGCCACAAGGUCUGUGGCUCUUUGCAGGAACUUCACAGCAUCGUCUCCGAGUUGUCCCAGUCGAAAGCGGCGGCGGUGGAACAACCGGCCCUGCCAGCACUGGUAGUCAUCGAUAGCGUGGCGGCCGUGGCCCGCCGCGAAAGCGAACAGUCCUCCAUUCCACGGCGGCAGGCAGCCCUUAGCAGCCUGGCGAGCUUGCUGAAAGUGCUCGUGGCCCCCAGCAUUUCUGCGGAGGCCGCAUCCAAUGUACCCAGCGUCGUGGUCACGAAUCAGGUCAUGGGCGACCCCAGCGGGGGUUCGGCCGCCUCGACGCGAGUGAGCUUGGGCCAGGUCUGGCAUCAUGCCGUGAAUUGGCGCCUUGUCCUUAGCCACGUUCCUCCAGGCCCUACAGGUCCUGGAAGUAAGGAACAAGCGGAUCCCUUCGGACGCCGCUACUUGCUGGUGGAGAAGAGCCCCUGCUGUGCAACUCUGACCAUUCCGUUCAACAUUUGUGAGCGAGGCCUCAAGGAGCUGAGCUAGCCGUCCUGCCGAAAA